AUGAAAGAUACACAAAUUUUUCAAAUCACUCAAGAGGAUGUUGAUAAAAUUAUUUAUGCCUUUGAUGGUUGUCAAUGUGGUGAACUUUAUAGAUUUUUAGGAGUUAAAAAAGAAUAUACUAUUGAUAAAAUUGCUCUUACAUAUAAAGAAAUUAGAAGUAAUUUUGAAAAUGAUAAAAUGACUCUUGAACGUUUAGAUGUGGCAUAUUCAAUAAUUUCAGAUAAAAGAUUAAGAGAUUGCUAUGAUAAAAAUUUUUAUAACGAGUUGGUAAGAAUAGAACUUGAAUAUAAUCAAUCAAUAAGUAAAAGAAAUAAUGCUCUUCUCAGUAUGGUUGGAACUGCUUUGGCACCAUUGGAAAUGGUAUCGGUUAUUAUACACACUGCACCAAAUUCGUCAUCAUCAGUUAGUUCAAUGAAAAUUCUUCAAUCGUUCUUUAAAAAUAAUGGGUUUUUAUCAGUGGGUAAAAUCUUUUUAGCACAAGCAGUUCUUCCAUCAACUAUUGGAAUAUUGGUUCAACAACAACUUUACAGAUUAAAAGAUAAAUUCGCAUAUCCAUUCUCUAAAACCGGUAAAAUUACAGAUGAAAUUAUAAACUACUUUUCAUCAUUCAUUGUUAUAUUUCCAAUUGAAUGUUAUGUACAAACUGUAAAGUAUUUAUCAUUUUUUGAAGUGAUUAAAAAAGUUGUACUUUGUCAAGAUGGGGUGACUGGAAAAUUCAAUUUUAAAAAUUUAGCCCACACUUUUAUUUCGUCAUUUGGAAUUUAUGUGUUAAGUAAAACUUUAAGAAUUGGAGUUGAUAAAUUGGAAGGAUAUAUCGAAUCGAAAUCAGUGGAGAAUCCAAAUUCAGCAAUUUGGAGAAACGCACUCUUAAUUAAAUCAGUAUACGUUAAAAGUAUUUUAAUGUCAUUGGUUCUAGCCCCACUUGAAGCAAUUAAUUCUCAAUACUCUUAUUUAUAUGUUCAACGUUAUCUUGGUAACCCAGUUCAAAUAUUAACAAACAAUCCAAUCUCAUUAGCAGUUGAUUUAGUAAAAACCCAAGGAUUUAAAAAAUUAUAUAAAUCUUUACCAUUUUCCUAUUUAAUACAUUUAUUGGAAGGAUUUGUAUACUCUUUUUUAAAAGGAGAUUUAGAAUAUUCAGAAUAA